ACGCCUUACUCCGGUAAGUUUCUAUACAUAAUAUGAUUUGAUUAGAUAUAUACAGCUAUACAGACAACGCCUUACUCCGGUAAGUUUCUAUACAUAAUAUGAUUUGAUUAUAUAUCUACAGCUUAUUUUAUCUUAAGACAACAAUGGAACCAGAAAUGUAAAACACCUUAUUACUAUAUUUAGCCAACUCUACCGAGGGAGCGCUCCAAACGGUCAUACCAAUAGUAGGAGGAGUUCCAUCAGCUGCGACUCCGCAGAAGACAUGUAUACUGAUAUGUCUUUGGAAGAUGAUGUCAUGGACUUAAACCAAAAGGUCCAGGUGUUACAGCAACAGGUAACUGCCCUGACAGAGAACCAGAGUACCACCGAUGACCGCUACACGAAGGUUAAACAGGAGAAUGCCUCCCUUUUAAAGAGAAUCCAUUCUUUAGAAGAAAAUAUCAGAGAACUGGAAAUUAGGUCCGAGGAAAGAAUCAAAGAAGAAGAAAGGCAUCUGAGAGAAAACAUGGCUAAACUAGAGAGAGAUAAAACCAUGGAAACAGAAUAUUAUUCCAGUAGACUAUACAGUCUCCAACAGGAACACCUAGAGAUCAAGGAAGAUGUUGUGAAGUUCAGGCAACAAAUUGAAAGGUUAAAACAGGAAAAGUCAAGUCUACAAGAACAACUAGAUGACACAUCAGCUGAACUGUCUAGUCUACAGGAGGAACACUCUAAGUUAGAAGAGCUGUCGAGGAGAGAACGAGAACAGUUCACACACGAGAAGAAAGCUAAUACGCAGUUACUGAAGGACCUCAAUCAGGAGUUGGAUGACCUACGCAGAUACCACCGUGAAACAGAAAACCUGAAACGAGCUCGCAGCCCUAGUCUACUAAAGCUUCCGGCUCAAUAUCGAGAGCUUGAGCAGGAAGUGCGAAAUCUGCGUGAUGAGAACCAGUGUCUUAGAGAAGCUAAUGAAGAAUUACAAGCUCAGUUACUGAACAACAGUGUUCUUGAAGGACGUAACCUUCUUCAUCAUGAAAUGGUCUCGCUAGCAGAGGAGUUUGAAAACCUAUCAAAAGACGAGGUCAUGGAGGCAUUACAAGAGCAGCAAGAAGUGAAUACAAAGUUGAGAAACUAUAUUGAUGGUAUACUUUUAAAUAUCGUGGAGAACUAUCCUCAACUGUUAGAAGUUAAAAUCUGUGGUAUGAACAAGUGAGGAUUGUUGGAGGUUUUUCCAGAAAACCUCUGACCUUUCACUCAUCAAAAUGCAGUGAAUAAUGUGUAACAUUGUACUAUAACAGACCAAACGACUUGAGUGCUUUCAGAAGUACCUCUUUAAUGUAAAUUUUCCAAAAAUCCAAAGUAUGGGCUCUUCGUAACCUAGAGCCAAAGUCACGGAAUACUUGGCAUGAUUGAAAAAAUAUAUACAAAUCAAGAAUAGAACACUAGUUUUAUUUUACUUUGAAGAUUUUUUGGAGUUUUAUGUUAUAAAGUUAACGAAGUGGUGGAUACAGAAACCAGAAGAGAAACAUGAAAAUCCAAAUCAUGAAAUUUUACAGCUGUGACACAUAAAUGAAAAAUUUAAAGUAUUUCAAAAUCAAAUUCUUGUAAUAGUUUUGGAAAGGAAAAACAGAAACAUUUCAUUCAUUAUUAUAUAAUUUAUAAACUGGGUCUUGACUCUUGAGUACUGAGGUGAGAAACCACUGUAAAUAUUAACUGAUCACGAUACUCCUAAUCACUUCCUUUGUGUGGUGUCGUCCAAUUAUAUUUUUUUACUUACUCCGAGUAAAUAUUAUAGAAAAUAUUUUUUGACGUAGUGUAUUGUCAUUGUUCACAAAGACAUAUCAAACCUAACCUAAACCAGUUUUUGUUUUUUUAAUCCAUAAUGAGGUCAUGUAGCUUGUACCUUAAGCUGCUAUCUUGCAGAAAAAAAACAACAUUCCUGGGUUGGUAGAAGUUGUAAGUAAAACAAAUACUGGUAAGAGGAAAAUCUCAUAAGGUUAAAAAUUAAAAAGAUAAUUGAUGUAAUAAUAGUAAUAGUUUGUUAUAAAUAAAUUGUUUAAAUCUAUGUUAGGGAAUUUGAAACAUGACUUUGGUUUCGGUUGGUUAAUAUUAAAAAAAGUGAUCAUGAGAAUAUACGUGUUUUGAAAGUAAGAGAUAUUUAUGAUUGACAUAGUUGGUUGUGUUUGUUUCUUCUCUGUUCAUCUCUUAGGAAAAGUAAUACACAUGAUGAUGAGACAGAUAUAAGUCUUGUUAAGUAACGUCACCAAAUACUCAUUUUGUCAUGUCAAGCCUUUUCUUUAACCCUUGGAAGGGUUUCUUUUUUUUCAUUAGAGUAACUGGUGUAAAUGUAUGGUUGGAGAUGAUAAAGGGUUAAUACCCUGUAUCGAAGUAAUAUUACGGGCAUUCCUUUAAUCCGUCCACAUCUUAUUUCAAUAAUAAAAGAAUUGAGAUUUUUCACACUUUACCCUAAUGUCGUUUAAUAAAACAUAAUAAUAUAUAUAUAGGUUGUUAACUGUAGUUUGGUAAAUUUCAAUGAAAUCAUUAAAAAAAUUUAUUUUGACACAUUUCAAAAUGUAGAUUAUUGCGUGUGAAAUAUUUACACUAUCCUACCCAAAAUAAAUUUAUCUUAAAUUAAUUACAUAUUAGUUGUUGUUGUUGUUUUAUGAUUUACUGCAGUAUGACUCUGCUGGCUUGAGAAUUUAAUUCUGACCACACUUAUACUGAUUUAACUAAUUUUCAAGUAGCUUUGUGUUUUGAAGAUGGUUGGGUAUUUGGAGGAGCUGAUGUCACUGUUACUUAUAGAAGUAAUUGUUUAUCAAUACAAGACAAUCUGUAAUAUUUGUUAGACAUCUGUGAUAAAUGUCAAAUUCUCGAAUUAUUUAUGAUAAAAUAAAGUUGAGGUUAUAAGAUUGUGUUAAAUGAUGAAUAUCCGUCAGUGGGAUCUGAAUUGUAUUAUUCUGUGUUCUAGAGAAAUGCUUUGAAAUAAAACUGUGUGUGUGUGUGUACCACUGAUCAUAGCUGGCAUUAAACAGGAGGAAUC